UGCACAUUUGCUUAUUUGAUGUGGGUAGCGGAUGUACGACCAUGUAGGAUGGCUGUGAGUGUUCCCGAAUCCAGAUGUGGAAGGCCGUGACCCCGGGCUCAGUAAUUUAGGGAGGAGAGGAUGAGUCAUAGAGCAUCUGACGCAGAAGCACCAGUCACCUGAGUUUCAUAUCCCCCAUCCAUAGGUCAGUGAUAGUCAUAACAAAUGAAACCAAUGCAACUGGCCUCACAGGAUGCAAAUGUACCACAAGAAAUACAUCAGUCAUUGGAAAACAAUGCUACUUUUUUCUGUUUUAUAUGCAUAUAAAUGGAACAUCUUGAGUUUUGAAACCAUAGUUUGAUUAAACAAGCAAUUUAAAGACCUUGUGCUAUAGAAUAUGGUGAAGGGAUUUUUUUACAUGUUUGAUUAAAGGAGAAAGUAAUUGUCAGAUUAAUCAAAGAGACUUUGUUGUUUCACUGAGGGAGCCUUUUUUUUUUUUGGACGUAAAUGUACUUUGGGGUUUGAAAUGAGACCAUUCAUUCCUUUGCUAAAUACAUUUCUAACUGUUAUAUACAGGGGAUAUAAGCUUUGCAGUCUGGUGCUUGUCCUUUGUAGUCUGUGACAGAACAUAAAUGGAAAAUAUCCCACGAGAACAGCCAUUUAAAGCUGCAAUAAUAAAUAUGAAAAGAAGAAAAAAAAAGAAAUGUUCAUCUCUGCAGCGAAUCUCCGUCGAGCUCAGCUUGACCACAAAUGACCCGCAAUACAUUAAAAAUAUAAUAAACGGCGUUUGUUGUUUUUCGGCGGCCACACCGGACACGGAGGUCCCACAUUUCCCACUGGAGCUCCGACAUUUUGCACCUUUAGUCAGAUCUAGCCAUCAUACUGCAUAAUGUUUGGUGUUUAUGCUGAUUCUUAUAACUCUGCCCCGUUUAAAAAUGUGUAAUUUGAACCCCACAGAAACCAGCACCUGCAGGAGAUGUCAGAGUGACUCAGCCCUGCUGUCGUCGUGGUGCGAGGAGCUGGGUCGUCUCCUCCUGCUGCGUCACCAGAAGAACAGGCAGAACGAGCCGCAGGGAAAAGUCCCCAUGCAGCCCAGCAUGAACAGCAUGAAGCCUGGCCUCACACACAGUGAUGGAUCCUUUCCCUAUGACUCUGUCCCCUGGCAACAAAACACCAACCAGCCCCCUGGGUCAUUGUCUGUGGUUACAACAGUGUGGGGAGUGACCAACACGUCACAGAGUCAGGUGCUGGGUAACCCAAUGGUGAACAGCAAUAACCCCAUGAAUCCUGGAGGUAACCCUAUGGGAUCGGGCAUGUCUGCCAGCGCAGCAGGGCUCAAUUCUCCACAGUUCAAUGCUCAACAGCAACAGUUCCCAAGCAAAGGAGGUUCAAACCAAUCGUACAUGCAGCAGGGUAUGUACGGCAGGCCUGGCUACCCUGGCGGUCCUGGGGGAUACAGCGGGAGUUACUCUGGAGGCCCGAAUGCCCCACCAGGAGGUAUGGGAAUGACCUCCCACACACGUCCUCCUGGUGACUUCACUCAGCCAGCUGCCGCUGCUGCAGCUGCUGCUGUUGCUGCCGCUGCUGCUACGGCAACAGCCACAGCAACGGCUACUGUGGCAGCUCUGCAGGAAACCCAAAAUAAGGAUAUGAACCAGUAUGGACAGAUGUGUCCAUCGUUCCAAAUGGGCCCUGCUCCAGCCUACAAUAGCCAGUUCAUGAACCAGCCAGGCCCACGAGGGCCCCCUGGAGGAAUGAAUCCAGCCAGCAUGGGAUCAGCCAUGAACAACCCCAAUAUGAGUGGGCCUCCAAUGGGCAUGAACCAGGCUCGAACCCCAGGCAUGACGCCUUUUGGAGCUCACAGCCAAAGGAUGCCUCAACAAGGGUAUGCCGGAGGACCUCGGCAGGGCAUGCCCAUGCAGGGGAUGAAGAGGCCGUAUCCCGGGGAGGGAGGUUAUGCCGGUCAGCAGUAUGGGCCAAACAGUCAGUUCCAACCACAGCAGGGACAGUACCCCACAGCAAAUGCCUCCAGACCGCUGCCAUCUCCUAACUACCCCAGCCAGAGGAUGCCAGGGCAGCAGGGCCAAGGGCAGUACACACCUGGCAUGCCUAUGGGCCAGUACUACAAGCAAGAGCCUUUCAACGGUCAGAGCACCAAUUUCUCCGGCGGUGGAUACUCCUACGGCCAAGGCAAUGGGCCUCCCAGACCCGGUAACUACCCCCACUCACCGGUUCCUGGAAACCCCACGCCCCCUAUGACUCCAGGAAGUAGUAUUCCUCCGUAUCUGUCGCCAAACCAGGAUGUGAAGCCUCCGUUUCCACCCGACAUGAAACCAAAUAUGACAGCGCUUCCGCCUCCUCCAUCUAACCCCAAUGAGGAGCUGCGACUGACGUUCCCAGUCAGGGAUGGAGUGGUGCUGGAACCGUUCCGCUUGGAGCACAACCUGGCUGUCAGCAACCACGUCUUCCACCUUCGACCCUCCGUCCACCAGACCCUCAUGUGGAGGUCAGACCUUGAGCUGCAGUUUAAGUGCUACCACCACGAAGACAGGCAAAUGAACACCAACUGGCCUGCCUCCGUCCAGGUCAGCGUCAACGCCACGCCCCUCACCAUCGAGAGGGGAGACAACAAAACCUCCCACAAACCCCUGCACCUGAAGCACGUAUGCCAACCCGGGAGGAACACCAUCCAAAUUACGGUCACCGCCUGCUGUUGCUCCCACCUGUUUGUGCUUCAGCUGGUCCACAGGCCAUCUGUGCGAUCCGUCCUCCAGGGGCUCCUGAAGAAGAGACUCCUUCCUGCAGAACACUGCAUCACCAAGAUUAAGAGGAACUUCAGCAGCGUCGCGGCCUCGGCCGGCAACACCACUCUUAACGGGGAAGACGGCGUGGAGCAGACGGCCAUUAAAGUGUCGCUGAAAUGUCCCAUCACCUUCCGACGCAUCCAGCUACCCGCACGAGGGCAUGACUGCAAACACGUCCAGUGUUUUGAUCUGGAGUCCUACCUGCAGCUCAACUGUGAGAGGGGAACAUGGAGGUGUCCUGUGUGCAAUAAAACAGCAUUAUUAGAAGGUCUGGAGGUGGACCAGUACAUGUGGGGAAUCCUCAAUGCCAUCCAAAAUUCAGAGUUUGAGGAGGUUACUAUAGAACCCACAUGUAGCUGGCGACCUGUCCCCAUUAAGUCUGAGCUACACAUCAAAGAAGACCCUGACGGACCGCUGGCCAAGCGUUUUAAAACCAUGAGCCCGAGUCAGAUGACCAUGCCCAAUGUGAUGGAGAUGAUCGCGCAACUCGGCCCUGGUCCCGGCCCAGGACCUGGACCUGGCCCCGGACCAGGCCCCAGCCCCUACCCCCCGCACCCCGGUCAGCACGCCAGCGGCAACGGGGGAGAUUACCCAGGAGCAGGCAACAGUUACCACAGCCAAGGGAACUUUGACUUUCCUCACGGGAACCCCUCUGGUGGUGGAGUUGGUGGAGGAGGUCCUCCUAUGAAUGACUUCAUCCAUGGCCCUCAGCUCUCCCACCCCCCAGAUGGACCUGGUGGUCUCCUCUCCCAGGACAAGCCUCUCAAUCACGGCAUGAAUGAUGCAAUGUCCCAUUCCGAUCAGUCCCAUAACUCCAUGCAGCAGAGCUUGCAUGCGUCUCCCCACCCUGGCAGCCAAACAGGGCCGCCCUUACAUCACAGUGGCCAAUCAGGGCAACCCUUGCAUCACAGCGGCCAAUCAUCGCAGCCGCCUCGCCAGUCGCAGCCUCAGCCGCAGCCUCAGCAUCCUGGGCAGAACAGUCACCCCCACAGCGAUCUGAACUUUAACCCCUCUUCAGAUGGGCAGAUGGGUCAGGGAGCCCAGGAUAUGCCCGAACCCUCCCUGGAUCUGCUUCCAGAGCUGGCCAAUCCAGAGGAGCUACUCUCAUACCUGGACCCUCCCGACCUUCCCGCCAACAGCAACGACGACCUUCUCUCCCUUUUCGAGAACAACUAGCCCCUCAGCCCCCUCAAAACCCUCCUGCACCUACGGGAGCCGUGAUGUGUUUAACUGUCCGUCCACAGACACUUCACCAACCUCCUAUCAACACUUCAAGCAGCUUUCUCUGCUCACGCGCACACGAACAGUUCCUCAACAGACAGUGUGUGGCGGAGGAGCGCGGCUGAAAAGAGGUACCUGCUUGUGAACUCCAAGGGAGGAAGCAGGGACGCCACUCAUCCAUGCACUCCCUUUUAAGAUUCCACACACCAGUUCCACCGCCUCAGACUCGAAAACACACCAUUUACAGCCAUGUUGGUGGGCACUAAAGUGAUAUUAUAUCUAUAUAUAUAUAUAUUAAAAUAUAUAUAUAAAUAUACAUAUAAGAUAUUUGUGACUUUUCAACUGAAAACUGUGCAGCUAUAAUCAUUAUACGUAAACAACACAGAGGAGACAGGAGCCUUGUGGGCUCUAGGAAGUGUUGUAGCUUUGUUUUGUUUUUUUGUCUUUUUUAAAAAUUAAUUUUCCUUUUUGAAAAAAGACAAGAGUCGGAGGGAAAACCAUUGUCUCGUAAGAGUGUUUUUAUCCUAUUUGAAAUGUGUUCUUCCAAAACUUUGGCGUAUGCCGUGCCCUUUGACCCCUGACUUCCCAGUGUGUGUGUGUGACAGUUGAAUAACUGGAACUCAUCAGAAUCAGAGCACUGAAAGGACAUAUUAAAAUGUCCUUGAGUGUCAACAAAGGAAACGAGCGCACAUUGUGCAAUGGUAGUGUGUGUGAGUGUGUCAGUGUGUGUGUGUGUGUCUGUAUAUAUGUGUGUGUCUGUUUACAUGUCCUCUUUUGUUUGCCUGCGAGCGUAUGUGAAAGACAGCGGGGAGAGAGAGUUUGAGACAGAGGAGGGAAGAAAAACAGUGAAUGGGAGGGAGAGAAAACAAUCGACUCAAAGAGCUGUCUCAGUUCUUUUUCUCUCCGCCCAGUCUGCCGCUGUUCUCGCGUAUUUAUUGUAACGUUCUCCUCGUCAGAUUCAGCACCAUUUUUGAUCACAAGUGCAUGUGUGCCAACGGCUCCUGUUGUCUUUGUCCAGCCUCAAUGUGCUUGAUCGAAUCAUUUUCUCUCUCGUCUUUAUAUUUAUUAUUUUAUUUCAAAGUCAUCCGUGUUUUUAUUCUCGUCUUUCUAUAUGUUUUAUCUCUGUCCCGCAGUGAAAUUAAUCAGAUACACCACAGUUGUCCUAUGCUUUUUGUAAGGGGUUGGGUCUGGAUAUUAUGUUGGUGUAACAGCAGGAUUUCAACAUCUUCAGAGGUUUUUACAUCACUGUAUUUUAUAUAUAGAUAUAUAUAUAUAAAAGAAAAAAACAUCUGUGUGACUGUACUGAUCUUUCCUUUUGUCGUUUUGUUACUGCCGUACUGCAUCCUUUUGGGAAAAAAACAUCCUGCAUGAUCCAACAGUGUUUCCAGAGCUGUUGUAUAUACCCUUUGUGAAUACGUUGUGACUGUACAGUACUGUACCUAACUAUUACUGGCAACUACAUGGUACUGUGUGUCUGUCAAAGACUACACACACUCACACACACUUACAAACACACACACACAGUCCCUGAUAACCAGUCCAAUAUUGUAAGGAAGUGAUCCAAAUGCACUCUCACUGGUCUUGUAUUGAGUACCUGUGUAUUGUGUACAGUUUUUUCCCAUUACCCUGUGACAAUGCAUCAGCGAAGAAAAAAAAAAGAAUUUUUGAAUUUCUCUGCAGGCAAGCUGUAAGUGAGUUCUUUUUAUUUUUUAUAUAUAUGUAUUGACAAAUUGGUCAGCUUUAAACGAGCUGUUUUUUUCUAUCUAAAAGAUUGAUAAUGCAGCUUAGAGGUCCAAAUUUCUCCAAAAUGUAUUUGUUUAAUAUUAUUGGAACAAGUGACCUCAUCGUCUUUAUUUAAAGUGAGAAUGUGCAAAAUGUCCUCUGGAUUGUUUCGAGGCCUGAUUUUGAGCUUUUGAUAACCAUACGUGUGUAUUUUCAUCACAUUUUUUUUUUGUUUUUUUUUAAAAAUUGUUUUAAGUUAUUACUUCUGUCCAGUGUUUCUACGACUGGUAUAAUUUGGUUUACACAGUUAUAUGCAGUACAGACAAUGAUUUUAAAAUAUGCUACAUGUUGUCGGAUAAAACAUCCCCCUCUUAAGUUUUGUAAUCCAUUUGAAGAACCAAAUUUGGCUUUGCUACUUUUUAAAAACUGUCAGAUCACCUGCAUAUAACACAGCUGAAGAAUCCAAUGUUGUUUGUGUUUGUUUCUAUGUUUGUUGAAGACAAUGCACUGCCGCAUUGGGAUGUUUUAUUUCCCUACACAGUGUGUAAUUAUAACUGUAACCUUUCACAAACUCACGUCUCGUAAUUUUAGCGACACAAUUUGUACUGUCUGAUUGCAGACAUUGGAAAUUGAGUUGAGGAUUUAAAAAGAGAACACGGUUAAUAUUGUAAAAAUGAAAUUUGGGGAAGACCCCCACCUAUUUGCAUUACAAAGGGGGAGGUUGUGGCAGAGGAUCCGGGGGUGGGGCCGGGGAUGUAAGGGAUAUUUGUAUAUAAUGUAAAUGACAAAUAGAGACACGUUAACAGAAAUGUAUUCAUUUUCUCCAGUGGGAGUGUGCAUAGUGUAUUUAGAAUUUGUAAAGCUUGCAUCCUCCUGUCAGACAUUGAAUUGGGAAAAUGAGUCUGUGUUUGAUUGCGUCUGUGCAGACCUCUCUAACCAUGCCUGUUCAUUUAUGUAAGAUACUUUAUGUGCCCCUCCACGCGGGGUUCGAGAAAAGAAAAGACAUUUUUCCUUUGUGUAAUAUUAAACUUCUGUGUAUUUCGCUAUUACCUGUGUACUUUAUAAAGGUGCUACGAAAUUAUUCAAACCUUUUGAGGUAUAAUUGGGACUUGGAGACAUCGAGCUUUGAGUGAGCUCUUAAGGGGUUUGUUUCCAAAAAUUUACAGUUUGUUAAGAAAAAAAAGAAAAAAAAAAAGUUUUGUCAAAUUUAUAAUUUUUAUGCAAUUUGGCAAAAAAAAAUAUGCUAUAAAGGUACAAUCUGAAGUGAUUGGCACAAGUGGCAGUUGUCUAUUUGGUUUUGUACAUUCUAUGUACAAUCAUUUCAUAUUCUAAACUGGUCAGAACAACAUUGUGAUUUUUAGUCUUGCAAAUCUGUAUGUAGUUAGAUGACGUGACAUCCUAAUAUUUAUCUAAUAAAUAUGUAUUCAGAUGAAACACAA